AGAGAGAGAGAGAGAGAGAGAGAGAGAAAGAGAGAGAGAGAGAGAGCGAGAGAGAGAAAGAGGAGUGUGUGAUCAACAGCAGAGGGUGUCCAAGCUUUCAAGCUAGAAAGAAAGAGAGACAGAGAGGAGAAGAGAGAAUGCUGACAGUGGGUGAGACAGAAGCGAGAGUAGAUAGAGGAUAGAUAGACACACACACACACAUAGAGAGAGAGAGAGCGAGAGAGAGGAGGGUGUGAGUGUGUGUGAGACUGAGUUGGAUGUUUGCAUCAGCUGUAGCGUUGCCGGCUGUUUCAAUGAUCAGACACACCGGUCCUGACUACAGCACGACACCCACAGAGAAUUCCUCAAAACAUCGACAGGAUCUCAAAGUUCAGGAGGUAACCAGGCACCACUCAUGACCUGCUCAAAUCCAUCCCCAAUGUGGAGCAUGACGGUGGUGGCAGCACCAUGUUGUUUUUCUGCAGCGGGGCCUAGGAGACUGGUGAGCAAUUCUGAGCGCAGGUCCGAGUGAAUUGCUAUCUUUUGCGUGAUGCUGUUCAGCCGAGAAUCUUGUCACCAUCCGGACCCCUCGUUCUCCCCAUCAGCCCAUGUGACCUAGUUUUGGCCCCUCAGGCCUGGGGGAGACCCCAUGAAUCCCAGCCUCCCCCCGAAAAAGCGCGAGACCUGGCAAGGCUCGUCAGAACAGCGGCCCGCGGAGGACGAGUUCAAAUACCCAGCGCCACUUCGACCCAGGAGACAUCACCUUUCCGAAGGGAGGGAGAGUGAACCACGUGGUGAAAAAGAACUGCUUCCACCUCCUCCACCUCCACCCCCACUUCCACUUCAUACCCUUCCAUUCUCCCUAUCGUGGCAGCUGCCAUACCACUCACCGCUUCUCCCCCACUACCUUUCUGGUCAGGUGAGAGAACGUCAUGGCUCGGGUUCACCAUCCUGGAGAGAUCGAUCAAGUGGACGAAGGUCGGAAGGUGAAACAGAGCCACUUCCUCACCACUCCCGUUGGCUGCGAGCUGGAAUCAAUUCCCAUGAUUUGCAUCCAUCCAUGUCGAUGCCUACAUACAAGAGCAAUUAUGCAGUCGAUUCCAGGGACAUGUGGCCCUAUUUCGGGCAUACGCGGCGAGACUAUGGCUCCUCUCUCUACCCUUCAUCGUCCCCCUCACACCUUUCUCCACAAACCCCAUUCUACCAGAAUGAUUUUCACUUGGAAAGCAGGCUCAGGUGCUCAAGCAGGAGACCCAAUGGUCUCGAUGGACAAGGUAUUCGAUCUGAAUCGAGUGGAAGGGCGGAAAGUGGGAAUGACCCUCAAUCCAGAGUUGGCAGUUCACACUCGAAUGGAAGGAAGAGGAAUCCGGAAGAUCUGAUCGGGCACGAAAGAAGGAGGGUAUCUCCAUCCCAGACGGGUCCUAAUGCACAUUCCUUCCAUCACCAUACAGACAGGGACACUCUGGCAAUCUUAAAACCUCCAACUCCCCACACCUCGGAAACACGGAAGACAAAGGCUCCUCAUGAACCUUCCGCUUUAACUGCCUCCCAACCAGGAGCUCAGAUCUACUAUGCUUUGGGGUCCCUGUACCCCUCGGUUCAACACAACCCUCAGGCAUACCCCAGUUUCAAUCCCUCAGGUUCUCCUUCCCCUCUGAGGAACUCCCAGCACUCUCCUCAUGGUCAGCACAAUAACCAUGGGGUCCAACAGGAGCGAGAACUUUUACCAGGAUCCUGUCGAGCCUCUGUUUCAGUCCUCCGUGGUCCUGACCCGCCAACAAGUGCAGUCCUACCUCAUUUUGUCAAGGGUUCUCUUAUUGAGUUGGCCGGAGGCCGUCUGAAAAGGGUGGAAGAGCUACAGACAGAGGAUUUCCUGCACAGCGCUGACACCACACCAGAGUUCCACCUGAGUACCUGCACCAUCCUGCUCAUCUCACCUGGGCCCAAUAACGGCUUCAAUCAUCUGCAGGUUUUGCUCACUGACCGCAACACUCAGGAAUUUCUCACGGUUUUGGAGGAGUAUCCAUUUUUUGUGCAGGACAGAGGCUGGUCUUCAUGCAGUCCUCAGAGGAGCGCCGAGCUCUACGGCCUCCACUGUCGCCAGCUCAGUCCAGGAGAUGUCUGCCUGGCUUUAACCCCCACGCCAACCUCGGUGCCCCCAACAACAGCAACAACCCUGACAACAAUGCCCAAGUCACUGACUCCAGUGGCCACCUCAGCCUCUUCAGUGACCUCGACACUGACCUCAUCAACCCCGUUGUUGACCUCGUUACCCCCACCAAUCACCUCGUCAAUCCAGAUGCCCGCCUCGCUGCAACAAGACUCAUGCAGUCGUAUUUCUGCAGGAUCAGAGACUAGCACACACAGAUCUGACAGAACGGCUCCGCCUCUUGCCCCAUCACUUCUGUCUGAUUCCCGGCGGGAGAUCCAGGAUAAGCCACGCUCCCGCAAGAGACGCUGGUCUGCCCCCGAGUUACAUGAAGAAAAUAGGAGCUGCACAGAUUUACCUCAAGGAUGUAAACGAAUGAGACAGCAGUAAGUGCUCAGUGAGUCUGAGUUCACGACCAAGAAGUGCUUCUUAAUUCAUCACUUAUCAACAAUUAUUCCUUAGUUUUUCAGGAUUGUUAAAUAAAUCCAAGGUUUGACAAUGAAAAGGUGCAAUCUGAGUGACUUCACUGGUCAUUUGAUGUUUUACUUCCUGAAAACUACUGAUUUUAUGGCACUAAAAUUAAAAAUUUUAAUGUUUUGCAUUUUACGUACUGUAUUUCCCUUUCUAUUUGAUAAUGAGUCAAAAGCAUCAUCGGUUAUAUAAAUAUCUUCAAAUACAGUGGGAUCAUUUGGCAAAAUGUAUUUUUUUUUUUUAUAUGAAUUUAUGAAAUUUAUACUACAUCAAUUAUUCUAUACAGAUUGGUCAGGGAAAUUUUGACAUUUUUAAAAUUUAUGACAUUAAUGCUACAAAAUGUUUGCUAAACUACAACAGCUUCCUAAAUUUAAAUUACCGGAUUAGCUCCCCGAACUAAAAUGAUUGGGAUUAGCCUUCUGAAAUAAAGUUAUUGGGGUUAGUCUCCUAAACUAAAUUAGUUGGGAUUCGCUUCAUGAACAAAAGUUAGUGGAAUUAUCUCCCUGAAUUAAAGUUAGUGGGAUUGGAUCCAUGAACUAAAGUUGCUGGAUUAGCUCUAUUAACUAAAGUAAGUGGGAUUAGCUUCCUGUAUUAAAGCUACUAGGAUUAGCUUCCUGAACUAAAAAAUAUAUGUUUACACUGUAUUAAUAAAUGUUUGUGCACACCUAAGCACAAAAUUGGUACAUAUUUUUGAACAUCCCAUUCCACAUUCCACGAAUUCAAGAAACAAACAAUAUAAACGUCAAAUUAUUAACCAUCAACUUUACACUGUACCAAAACCUCAGAUUUUUGUCACAACAAAAGAUAACCGUAUUUUCCAAUGUUUUUUCCAUCAUAUUCACCACAACUGAAGCAGAACAAAAAAAAAAAAACACAAAAUGAGUUUGUGAAGUGAUGACAUUCUGAAACACUUCUUGGUGGAACAUUUGCACAGAGAGUUCACAGAGUCAUGUGAGGACUUGAACUCAAACAGAUCAUUCGUGACCCCACGGUUACUUUGGAAGAGCCAUACGUGUUUUUGUGUUUAUUAGGUAAAACGGGUUUUGGAAAGAAGGACAAAAGGAGAAAAAAAAAAAAACGAAAAACAGCAACAACAACAACAACAACGCAAUGCUAGUGAUGCACAGUCUGACUUUAAGUCUUUUGAGACAAUCAAACUCGCCUGUUGCCACGUCUGUUUUUCGGUGUACUUUCUCUGCAGGGUAUCUCUUUUCAGUCAGUAUUAUAAUGGAAAAAUAUUGAAUAUCGAUAUUGGGGGAAAAAAAUGAUAUAUAAUUAUAUUAUUAGUUCUAUAUUAUACAGGUGUUACAUAUGAAUAUGCUACAAAAAAAAGUAUGACAAAUAUGAUGACAAGCGUUAAUGGUUACUUUUUUUUCCGCAACAGUUUUUUUUUUUUUUUUUAACGCUUCUUAACCGAGCUUUGGCUCUCGAGGUGAAUGUAUACAGAUUUUUUGCUUCACAGUGCGAGGUCCAAAUGCGAGUUCACUGCAGCAUUACGGUCCGAUGUGUGGGUAAAAAAAAAAAAAAACGGAAAAAACACUAAAAAGGAGGAAAGAAAGAAAAAACAAAGAGAAGAAGAUUCCUGUGGGUUGUCCGUUGGUGUUUUUCCAUGAGAAAGGGUUUAAAGGUGCUAAUAACAUGUUGGAAUGUGAUGCUUAUGUGGGUGCACUUGACCUCGUGAUGUGCUUUCGAAUUUUUAUUUUCCCCCCAUAUUUCCCCACUCUCUUUAUUUUUCUGUACGAUAUCAAAGCAGGAGGGGGGGGGGAUAAGAUAUUGAAAAAAAAAAUUAAACUCAGAUACGGGUAUUUGUUCUUGAUCAAGCACACUCUUUCCCUUUCUGUUUUUUAUUAUUUUUAAAGAAUUUCAUUUUUUUUUCAUUUUUUUUUUCGUGGUGUUUGUUAUUUUUCCAGAGGAAAAAAAAGAGAGGAUUGUUAUUUUUUUCCUUUAUAAAUGUAUAGCUAUGAAAAUUGUAUAUUUUUCAAACUUGUGAGACUGUACAACAGUGUUCGCUAGAAAUAAAAGAAUGCUUUAUAGAUUUA